AUGAAUCAAAUAAAGUCAAUUCAAGGCCUGAGCCUAAAAGAGCUGGAAUGUGGUAUACUCUCAUUUUCAGCUUCUUGGCAUCAUGAGUACCGAGAUCAGGCGUAUAUAUUCGUGGGAGGGCUGAACAAAGAGCUAACAGAGGGAGACGUGUUGACCAUCUUCUCGCAGUAUGGCGUUCCCGUGAACAUCAAACUUGCUAGAGACUCUGAAACGGGUGAAUCCAAAGGGUUUGGCUAUUUGAAAUACGAAGAUCAACGAUCAACUGUUCUCGCAGUGGACAAUUUAAAUGGAAUAACUAUAGGCGGACGGAUGCUUCGCGUAGAUCACACUUUUUAUACACCACGGAACUGGGAUCAAGUUUAUACUGAUGCAGUGAAUGCCGAACUGCGAAAGGACAUGGUUGACGAGGGCCAAAAAGUGUCGUCUAACCAAAAAUCAACGCCAGCACUCAAAGCAGAACCAGAAACAAAUCUUGAUUCGAGCGCUGACGAUGAACUGAAAGAUCCUAUGGCCUCCUAUAUCUGA